ACACACACACACACACACACACACACACACACACACACACACACACACACACACACACACACACACACACACACUGGGUCACUCCACUCCACUCACUCGUCGUCCCUCUCAGACUCAGUUGGGUCUAGACCGCGGGAGGAGGAGGACGUCGGCACACGCGGUUCCGCACCCUGAGAUCACAGACUGCGACCGCCCUCCGUCCUUCCCGCCGCGAGUCACACGGACACAAGUGACAGGUGACAGGUGACAAGUGACAGGGGCGCAGUGGUGCCGCCGGGUCCUGCCAGGGGCGGCAGGGGCGGCGCGAGGUUGGCGAGCCCCAAGGUCGCUGGGCACCAUCGGGCAUGAGAGCGGCGCCGCCCGCACGCCGUCACCAGAGGCAGGUGGCGCCGCGGGCACGCAGGGCGGCGCCCCCCGAUCUGGAGACGCGCUAGGCGGUGUGCUGCUAGCGCCGCCCAUGGUGGAGUGGCCGCCGCCCAUGGUGGCGCGGGACAUGGACGUGCGGGCCUCGCUGGGGCUGACCGUCGGGGAGAGUCUGGCGCCUUUCACCUACCUGGGCGAUGACCUCGGCGGCAGCCCCAUGGUGUCCCCGCGCUCCAGCCCCCGCUCAUCCCCCAGGGGCUCCCCUAGGGCGUCCCCGAGGGCCUCUCCGAGAGCCUCUCCCCGGGCCUCUCCCAGGGCCAGCCCGCGGUCCACUCCGCGCCGCAGGUCCCGCGCCCUGUCCCGGGACAGCACCGCCACCCUCGAGGAGCUGGUGGUAGUGUCCGUGCCUUGCAGAGAGCUCAAGCCUGACGAGCCGCUGCAGGAACAGAGGACACCGACCCGCUCAACACAACACAACACAACACAACACAACACAAAACACAACACAACACAACACAACACAACACAAAACACAACACAACACACGCCCUACACUAGUACUCUGGAGGCGUUCCGUUGCAGUGUUGAGUCUUACAUUAUGACGGACAUUGCAACCACCAGUAAACAGGUGCAAUAG